UCAAAACAUGGCGACUACAAGAUGUCAACGUCUAGGCACUCUGCGCUCAGUGCUGUGUCUAUGUAGUGUUGCAAGACGUAUAUAAGUUUAUUCGUGUAGGAUUAACCUGUAUAUAUUGUGAAUAAUCUGGUCAAAAUGACUUCUGUAAAGGUAGCUGUACGGGUCAGGCCCUUGAACCAAAGGGAGAAGGACUUGGAGAGUAAGUUCAUCAUUGCAAUGGAUGGAAAGAAAACAACCAUUGUUAAUAGAAAGGUUUCUGAAAUGGGUGCUGAGGGUGACCACGCCAGGGAAAAUAUGCGUCUGAAGGAGUUCACAUUUGACCACUCCUUCUGGACGGUUCUUAGGUCUGACUCCAAUUAUGCCUCCCAAGAAGAGGUGUUUCAGUGUCUGGGACUGGACGUGGUGGCCUCAGCCUACGAUGGCUACAAUGCCUGUGUGUUUGCCUACGGACAGACAGGGUCAGGGAAGAGCUACUCUAUGAUGGGAAGCCAUGAUGACCCUGGGUUAAUUCCUAGAAUUUGUCAGGAGCUGUUUUCACGAAUGACUGAUGAAGAUACCAGUUAUAAAGCUGAAGUUAGUUACUUGGAAAUAUACAACGAAAAAGUGAGAGAUCUGUUGAAGCAAUCCUCUGCAAACAAACUGCAUAGCCUUCGUGUACGAGAACAUCCCAAACUCGGCCCCUACGUACAAGAUUUGUCCAAGCAUACAGUUGAUGAUUAUGAAGACAUCAAAGGCCUCAUGGAUAGAGGAAAUUCUAUCAGAACAACAGCAGCCACGAAUAUGAAUGAUACCAGUAGUAGAUCCCACGCUAUAUUUACCAUAGUGUUCACACAGGCCAAAUUUAAGAAUGACAUACCAUGUGAAAUGAGCAGCAAAAUACACUUGGUGGACCUGGCUGGGAGUGAGCGAGCAGACUCCUCUGGGGCUACUGGUCAGAGGUUAAAAGAGGGUGCAAGCAUCAACAAAUCACUGGUCACUCUCGGGUCAGUUAUCAGUGUACUCGCGGAGAUAUCGGAGAAGGGAGGUAAAUCCGGCAAGACAUUUUUCAUUCCGUAUCGAGAUUCCGUCCUGACUUGGCUCCUAAAGGACAGCCUUGGAGGAAACUCUCGAACUAUCAUGGUGGCCACGAUAUCACCUGCGGAUGUGAACUACGCAGAAACUCUGAGUACACUACGGUAUGCCAACAGAGCCAAGAACAUCAUCAACAGGCCUACUGUGAAUGAGGAUCCCAAUGUGAAGUUGAUCCGAGACCUGCGAGAUGAGAUUAACAGACUAAAGACUCUGCUGGGUGGCAAUAUCGACAACAUUUCAACUCCUAAAGUUCAGGAAAAGUUGCAUGAAAAUGAAGCAAGGGUUAAGGUAUUGACAGAAGAAUGGGCAGGAAAAUGGAAUGAGACUCAAAAUAUUUUACAGGACCAGACACUUGCCAUACGUAAAGAGGGACUCGGUGUGGUGUUGGACUCUACUCUUCCCCACCUGAUUGGUAUAGAUGAUGAUAUCCUCAGCACAGGGAUCAUGUUGUACCAUCUAAAGGAGGGAAGUACCAUUGUGGGAAGGCCGGACUCGGAGGAGAUGCCAGAUAUUGAGAUAGCUGGGAUAGAUGUCGAAGAGAACCACUGUGAGAUUGUCCAUAAAGAUGGGGAGGUAACUCUAUACCCACUGCAGGGGGCCAUGUGCUCCAUCAACGGCUCAGUGGUCGCCGAUCCAGUCAAGCUUACUCAAGGGGCUGUGAUUUUGCUUGGCAGGACUAACAUGUUCAGGUUUAAUCAUCCUGCUGAGGCUGCUAAGAUGAAACAAGAACUCCAAAGUUGUGGAUUGAGUUUCUCCCGAACAUCCCUUCUGGGUCACUCCAUGACAGACCUGUAUAAGUCUUCUGAGAACCUCUCCCUCCUGGCCGCAGGAUUUGAGUUGGAACAGAAUAAUCAAGAAGAUUUAGCCAAGCUUGAAGAUAAAAGGAAUAUGCAAUAUUUGCGUGCUCGCAAUGUUCAAGUAUUACAGAUUGGCCGUUUGGAGAAGAGACACAUGAAGGCAGAUGAGGACCGGGACGAGGCUCAGGAUAGCCUAGAGAAAUAUGUUCAGGAAAAGCAGGAUCAGCUCCUGAUGAUGCAGGAACAAUUUGAUGAGGAAAUAAGCAUUGGAGAAAAGUUGAAGAUUUUGGAGGAGAAAGAACAAUUCAUUACUCAGCAAGCUGCAGCCAAAACACAGAACCUUGACCAGGAAAGUGAGAAAAUUCGCCGACAACACGAGGAGCAGACGUCACAGCUCCAGGCCCUGGUUAGCAGACGAGCUGAACUAGACAAGUUAAAGGCUGACACUGAGGUAGAGGUCACAGCUAAGGUCAAGGAUCUCAUGUGUCAAAAGUCACAGGUUGAACAGAAAUUAAGUGCUGAUAUGAAUGAACUAAAAGACAUGCAAUCUAAAUUUGAAAUUGGAAAAAGUUCUAUACUGGAUAAUAACAAUGAUGUGAAAUCAGAAAACCUGUCACUUGAACAGAACAAAUGUGAGUUUCUCGCUCAGUGGGAAAAAGAUAAAGAAGCUAUGACGGAUAAAUGGCGUCCUCCUUUUGAAAUGAUUGAAGUCAAGAACCAGCAUAUAGAGGAAGCAUGGAAGGAUUUGUCAGAACAUGAGAGGAAACAUAAGUUACGGGAACAAAACCUGCAGGAUAUGAGUGAUGAAGAAAGAGAGAAAUUUGAACAUGAAAAACAUGAAUUAGAAAUGGCAAGAACUCUUCUGAAAGAGGAGGAAGAAAGAGUCACUCGUGAGGAGAAGGAGCUAGUUGACGACAUAGAAAAGGAAAUGGAUGAAAUGGAGCUAAAGAAAAAAGAAAAACUGAAAGAAAUAGAGUCUAAGAAACACGAUGUAAUACUCAGCUCUGAUGAGGAGUUAGGGACAAUGUUACAAAGAAUCUCAGAAAAGGAAAAGGUUUUGACCAGUGCACGUGAAUCGGUCAACAGGAUUGAUAAGGAGUUGGUGUGCUGUGAUGAUAAAUUGAGUGAGGUGGUGGACUCGACCACAGGGGAGCUGGAGGAAAUAGGGCAGAGGCAGGAGAAGCUGACCGCCAACAUGCUGGACGAGGAAGCGGUCAGUAAGACGCUGACCGAUAUCAGUAACAAGGUCAUAGAGGUGGAAACUGACUACAAAAAGGAGCUGAAGACAAUACAAUCAGAAAGAGAAAGGUUACUGAUGAACAAAGAAGCUACAGCAUUGUGUGAAGCAGAAGAAAACAGUGGGGAGAGGCUGUCUGAAGAUGCCAGACUGGAGAGGAAGAUGCAGGAGAUAGAAGCACUGAGGAAGGAAAUGGAGGCAGGGAGAUCAGAUCUGGAGGAGAAACAACGACGGUUUGAGGAGGAGAGGAAUGCCGAAAUGGACAAGAUCGAGUAUGAGGUACUCAAGCUGCAGGAGAUGGAGAGACAAGAGAGAAUAAAUGCCUUGGUUGAGCAGGAGGUGAAGAGAAGAAUGUUUGAAGAGAAAGUCGAGCGAGAGAAUAGGAGAAAGGUGGAGCGAAAGAAGGAGCAGCAGGACAGAGCGGAGGAGAUACAGAAGAUAAAGGAACAGCACAACCGAGAAGUGCGUCAGCUGAAGGCCAGGCUAGAGAAGAUCAGCAAUGGAAAACCAUCCAAAUCAGCAAAUUCCAGCAAGUCUAACCCUUAUGCUUCAGUAAUGUCAUCAGACACGGGACAGGAUGGCACAGGGUCACCUCGUCGCCACAGUAUUGAGCCCCUAGGUAGUAGUCUCACUCUGUCCGGUGACCUAAAUCUACUGAAGGUUACGAUUCCAACGUACCGUCUCCAAGGUUACGGAUCUGACCACCAUUACGAAUAUGAAGUGAAAGUCAUUAUUGGAGAUGAUUCCUGGACAAUUUAUCGUAGAUACAGCAGGUUUCGACAGGUACAUCAAGACUGGAAACGCAAAAUACCUGAGAUAAAUUCACUGGUCUUUCCUCCAAAGAAACUGUUCAGUAGAUCUGAAAAGGUAGUGGCAGAAAGGCAGAAACAAUUAGAGUUGUACAUGCAGAAUUUCUUGUCCAUCUGUCAAAGAACGCCAUCUUGUUCCCUGCAUUCCUCCAACAACAAAUAUCUCACCAAACAAGUUUUGUGUGACUUUGAGACUUUCUUCAAACGAGGGUUGUUUGAGGUGUCCAAACACGGUGCCACAUGAUGGAGUCAGCAUCUUUAAAAACAAACAAAAAGAAAGUUUUUUUUCUGUGUUAAAUAAGAAUUUUUCUGUUGCCUCGAUACAUGCUGUAUUUUCGGCUCUGUUACAGAUUUUAUAUUGUGCUUACAUUUCCAUGCAAUGGCUGGUUGAAUUGUUAUCAUUACUGUGUUGUCACCUUACAAUUUGUUACCUGUGAUUACACUGCACAGCUAUCGAUCCAGCAGUGAUUAUAUAAAACAGGUGGUGUUAUAUUUGUUACAUUUCAAUACUGAGGACAUGUAUUACUUAUACCCCAUUAAUGACUGAACAUAAGAUUGUUAAAAAGGUAUCUGGUUUGGAGAUUAAUUUUUUUUCUUCUGUGGUGUUGUACAUAUAUAGUUUUACGAGAAAUUAAGCUCAAACUUAGCUGGAAGGGAAACACCAGGUGUUAAUAUCGAGGUUUGGUUGUGCAUUCUUUUUUAUAUUUACCACCUGUAAUCCAUAUAUUCUAGGCUGGGCUUGGAUCCAGACGUGGUAACAUUCCAAGUGAAGUAAAAAUAUAAUUGUUAUGAAAUAUUAUUUAAUCGUUAAACAUUAAAGUCUAUUAAAGGUAUUUAUAACAGGUAUUAUUGAUUAUAUUUUUGCAUAAUUCUUUACAAUAUUUAGACAUAUUAAAGUCAUUGAAAUAUUUCAAAAUGUUUUAAUGUCAUAUACGGUAUCAUAUUUACAUUUCCUAGUCCCAUAUACAAAUUAUCUAUUAAGUGGUAUUAAAUAUGUAUUUAAUAAAUCAUGAUAAUGUUAUUGACAAAAAGUAAUAACGAACAUGAGCAUGAGAUUUUAAUGAUAAAUAUAAAAUGGAAUAUUCAUGAAAGUCUUGAUAGUAGUAACUUUAAUUAAAGUAGUAACUGUCAUUGAUAGAGUAACUGCCAUUAAAUUAGUAGCUGUCAUUAAUAGUAGAAACUGUCAUUAAAAUAGUAACUGUCAUUGAUAGUAGUAACUGUCAUUAAAAUAGUAACUGUCAUUGAUAGUAGUAACUGUCGUUAAAGUAGUAACUGUCAUUGAUAGUAGUAACUGUCAUU